CACAAUUUGUUGCAUUUGUUGUUUUACCUUGUGCUUGAAAUAUUAACACUGUGAUUAUCAAUUCUCAAUCUCCACGCCAUAGACAUCUUAUACACAAUUAUGGGGUUGCUACGAACUUUAAAUAAAUUCCGCUCCACGAUUAUUUUAAUCUCAACACCAAUCCUUCUGCUUCCCUUAAUGAUAUUUCCACCCACGGAACUAUACACUGAAAUGGCAUGUGCGUACACAAUAUUGGUCAUGGCUGUCUAUUGGGUGACAGAGGUUGUCCCACUAGCAGUCACAGCCCUUCUACCACUUGUGUUUUAUCCUUUCUUGGGAGUUUUACCAGCUGGGAAGGUAAGCACCCAAUACUUGAAGGACGUCAAUGUUUUGUUUCUUGGUGGAUUAACGGUUGCGGUUGCAGUUGAGCAUUGGAAUCUCCAUAAAAGAAUCGCAUUGAAAGUUUUAACCUUCGUUGGAGCCAAACCACGAUGGUUAUUGUUCGGCUUCAUGGCGACCACAGCCUUCCUAUCAAUGUGGAUCAGCAAUGUUGCAACAACGGCUAUGAUGAUCCCGAUCGCACAAGCUGUACUACAGGAACUUAUAGCUGAACAGAAUGAGGGCAAGGAGCUAGAAAGCCUCAGUGAUUCUGGUCACAGCACCCUUGAGGAUCCAGAUAAUGACCCAAAGUCUAUCGUACAUCACCCACAUAUAGUUCACCCAUCAGCUGGGGUCGUGUGCCCAGCUCAACCCAACCCAUUAGUGUCGGAGAUGGGUAACAUUGGAGCAGCUAAGGAAUAUGGGGCAAGAUUGGCACAAGACAACAUGGAUGCUCAAUGGAAAGCUAAUCGUAAUAAUUACCAACAUUCGUAUGCGAGUGUUUCCACUGAGGAUGAAGUUCAUAUAAAGCUGGGGAAUGGAUCUUCCCAAAAACCUGAUAGUUUGUCGCUUCAUUCCAAGCGAGACAGCGAGGAUUCAAACGGACCCGAUGCAUCAACAGCUCAACUUAUAACAAGAGAUUCACCGGAUAGGCCUUUAUCUGAAGAGAUAGGGGCUCGCAUUGACCGUGAGAAUCGCAACAAAGGCAUGGGUAAGGCUCUCACUAUUUGUGUGUGUUAUGCGGCUAAUAUUGGGGGCACGGCAACUUUAACAGGAACUGGUCCCAACCUUAUUAUGGCUGGACAAUUUAAAACCACUUACCCCGCUGCACCAGAGGUAGAUUUUGGAUCGUGGGCUUUCUUCUCUUUUCCUGGGAUGGUCCUGUUUCUCAUCACUGCUUGGUUCUGGUUGCAAUAUUUGUUUCUGGAUAUCAACUUGAAAGAAAUCUUCCCAUGUUUCUUCGGCAAAACAUCCAAAUCGAAAGAUGAAAUGCAAGCUGAGAGAGUUAUUAAGAGCCAAUACGAAGCACUUGGGCCAAUGAGUUUUGCUGAGAAGUCGGUUUUGACUUUGUUCAUCACCCUCGCUUUACUGUGGUUGACCAGAGAUCCUGGGUUCAUCCAAGGAUGGGGUUCAUUGUCUAUAUUUAAAUCAAAAUACGUCACAGAUGCAUCGGUAGCGAUGUUGAUCACGUUCAUCUUAUUUGUCUUCCCGUCUAAACGACCAAACUUCUUUUGCUGUCGGAGCAGAUCAGAUGCCACCCCCAUGGCUCCUGUACCUGCAUUGUUGACUUGGAACGUUGUGCAACAGAAGAUGGCGUGGAAUGUGAUCUUACUGCUUGGUGGCGGGUUUGCUAUGGCUUUGGGUUCUAAGGAAUCUGGUUUAUCUCAAUGGAUUGGCUUACAGAUGGAACCUCUCAAUGCAAUCCCACCAUUCUGGGCCAACUUUAUAUGUUGUAUAGUUAUUUGUGCUUUAACACAAUGCACAAGUAAUACCGCAACUGCUACUGUGUUUCUCCCUAUAUUAGCUGAACUGGCUCAAACACUUGGGGUAAAUCCACUCUACCUGAUGCUACCUUCAACCAUCAUUACAUCGUAUGCAUUCAUGCUUCCUGUGUCUACACCACCCAAUGCUAUUGCUUAUUCAUAUGGAUAUCUUACUAUGAUGGAUAUGAUAAAAGCUGGAUUUCUGAUGAACAUUUGCGGCAUCUUUUUUGCUCUUUUCUCUGUCCAUGUAUUUGGGGGUGUGGCUUUCAAGGUAUUUGUGUCGCACCCGUCAUGGCUAGAUGCCAUGGCAAGUGUCAACGCUACCAUGGCACCGAACACCACGGUACUAAAUGCCAUGUCAGCUACAGUCGGUAAUCUAACAUUAUGAUUGUCACCCAAGUUGUCACGGCUUCCUUACGCGGCUCUUCGGGUGGUUGCCACUCUUCGUUGACACAGAAUACACACAACUCCUUCUAGAUAUCAGUAGCGCACUGCCCUAUCUUUAACACCUACACAUCAUGCGUGAAUUAGUGCAGACAAUAACACACCCGCUCACACACAAUGUACAAACGUUUGAUCACAAAUGUGUCUCGCUUUUUAUUCUUCUCUGAAACACUUCCCGUUUAUUUUGCACCCAAAUUUUGAACUUUUCAUAUUGAACAAGAUACACAAAACAUGACUUUGCAUUUAGUUUGAUUACACAACGUUACAUAAGCACUCUCAAUGCACAAUAUGGGGGUGGGCAAGUUAUUUCUUAAUUUUUAAAACCCAUUUUAAAGUUAUGUAAUACUCGUACCUCUCUCUGCAACUGUUAUAUAUUGGUUUCCAACUUCCUUAUUUAAAGUUUAAUUAAAAAUCCAAAGACUGCCCACCCUGCUACACAAUUGGAAAACUAGUUUUAAAUUUCUCUCUUUUUAAUGUUUUUAUAUUUAUUUAUUCAAUCCAUUGUUUCCAUUGAAGUAACCAUUAUCAUAAAAUAGAAAUGUUCUGUUACUUCUGCUAAAAGGCAUAAAAUAAUUUUUAACGCCUCUUCUGGUAUGAAAAAGGUAGUGUAUUUCCUAUGUUUCUUUGUAAAAAUUGAAAAUGUUGGAAAUACACUACGUUUUUUAUAACAAAAUGUAGGAAAUACACUCUGUUUUUUUUAUACCAGGUAAGGCGUUAAAAAAUUAUUUGUUUUCAACUAGUUCCAAAUUUUUAAAUUCCAUCGGUUCCAACUUUAGGUACUAUGAAACUUUGGCUGCUUGCAUUAUAUAUUGUAACUUACUGUGCCAUUUUCUUGGUCUGUUUAUCAAGUUAAUCCUGGGCUGGAUUUGUAAGACCAGAAUUUCUAAAACUACAAGUAUAUUCCAACAACAAAAAAUAAUAAAAAAAGGGUAAAAAUGUUAAUUUUAUUUUAAAUUUGAAAAAAGUUUUAGUUUUUUUAAAACAUUUGAAAUAAGACAAGGAAUUUUAGUUUCAAGCGUCUUACAACUGCCUAAAGGUGGCGGUACACAGUAUCCGGCAUGCGAAAUCGCUUGCAAAGUCGUAAGCAAACUCAUUACCAAGUUCCGCAUGCGGCAGCGAAAUCCGGACAAAACAAACAAAACGGAUGAAUUCGGAUACUGUGUGCAGCCUUCUUUAUGCUGUUCCAGUAAACUUUAAAUGCUUAUCGAGCUUCCUAAACCGAUCUGGUUGAAAUCUAGGCCGGUCACCUUUUUAACCAUCAAUUUUCGAUCAAAUUUUAUCAGUGCUUGCCCACAAGCUUUUUAUAACAGUUCUAUUUAUUUUAUAACAGUCGUUCUAUUUUCCGCACUUUUCGAAAACUUUCUUGGUCUCCAUUAUGUUAUUGUACUUCUAUUACGUCACUAUAGGAAAUGUUUAUCACAACUCAAUGGUUUAUAAUUCUGGCCGCAAGAUUUUUUCAAAAACUGGUUUCUUAUCAUAUAGUAGGGUGGGAGAAGAUGGGACACCUUUUUAUUCUAUUUUCUCGAUCUAUUUGGUAGUAAACAAAGAAAAUUCAAAUAAUUAUAAAACCUUAUCCUCAAGACUUCCAUAGACAGUUGUUAAUCAUUUAAAACACAAUCAGGAUAUUUGGAUAUUAUGUGCUAAAGGUGUUCCAUCUUUCCCUACCCUGCUAUAUUAGUUUUUUGCUCUUUAUAUUUUAAUUGCUUUGUAUUUCAAUGCAUUCGCUUUCAAACUUUGGUGGCUGUUGGAUCAUUUUAUUUAUAUUGAGUUGCUAAAUCAGCUUUGUCCAAAUCCGAAAACUACUAAAUAAAUAUUAUCAAAAUUUAAACAAACUAAUCGGUUUUUGCAGAAAUUAAAAAAAUCAACAAUUUUUCUAUUAAUUCAUUCAUUGUUUCUUGAAAUAAUGGGAUAAUCAACUCCGUCCUACUUCACCCUAGGACCUUACCCAUAUAGAGUAAAAAUUAAGAUAAUUUAAAUUUUUAUUUUUUCUGCUUUAACUGUAACAAAAGAAUUGAUGCUUUUCGGUUGGGCUUUGUUGUUAUAACAAGCUUUUGUAAACUAUGAGUUAAAUCCAAAAUGCAAUUAAAUAACUUUCAAAAACCAGGUUUAACAAACCUUUUUUUCUUUGUUAAGCACAUAUUAAAAACCUGUUUAAAAGUGCUAGUUUUGUAUUUUAUUAUUCAGAAUUUAUUGUGUUUUACGCAACUUGUGUGACACUAUUCUGUUAUUGUAAGAUACUGUUGUUAUUGGUACUUCAUUUAUAAGGCUGUGGUUCUAUUUGUAAAUUCAUUUGAUUUGCUGGGUCGGUGAAUAGAAUAUGUGAAAUAA